AUGUGUGUACACUGGAAGUCAGGAGGAGGUCUGCACAUCAUUCUUGACGUGUUGCAGCUUGUGUGUUUGUUGUUUAUCACAGCAAUUUAUUAGAGGAAUCCAGCUGUCUGCAGACCACUCAGUCUCUACUCUGUCUCUACUGUCCUCCGCCGUGCUACACAACACACUGCGCUGCCGUGCAUGACAAACUGUGUGUGUGUGUGUGUGUGUGUGAGAGAGAGAGAGAGAGAGUGAGUGAGAGAGAGAGAGAGAGAGAGAGAGAGGGAGGAUGAACGCCAGCCCAGUCAUUCCUCUUAAAAAUGGCGUCUUGUGAAGCAAAUGAGCGAAAAUAGUCUGAGAGUGGAGGGAGCAGCAGCAGCAGCGGAGCAGCUGUCGGCGCUGGAUCCGACUGAACGAGGCUUCACUGAGGGAAGCUGCUCCAGAACGUGGAGCAUCUGUUCCACGGCCCAUCAGCUUCACACAGGAGACAAUAGACAGUGAAAUAUAUGGAGAGGAGAGGAGGGAGGAGGUGCUCCUGGCUGCUGUGACCCCCCUCCUCCCCCUCGCUCCUUCUCCUCCCUCCAUUCCUCCCAGUCUACAGGCUCGUCAAGCGGAGAAAUAAACAGAAGCGAGCGCAGAGAAGAGAAGACAUUCCUCCCUCCCCUCCCCCUCACUAUCUGCCCAUCUUCAUCCAGCCCUUUCUUUCAUGGAGAGGAAUUAUCCCGCUGCAGGCUUCGGAGAUCUGGGGGCUGGGACGGGAUGGAGUUACGACAGAUCGGCCAAAGCAAGCCUCGUGUAUGGGACCUCCAGGUCAUCCCACCCAGACUCCGAGCUGCUCCACCGGCAGGCCUACGGCACCCCUCACCCCCUCCAGGGCUAUGCAACCAACCACCACCCAGGAGGCUCCAGACAGGGCGGGGCCUGGGGUUCUGCUGGACGCACACUGGGCCUGUCGGGGCUGUUUGAUGCCAGCCUCCAUCAUGCCAGCCCCUCGGGCCCUGACCCCUCCGUCAUGAAUCUGAUUUCAGCUCUGGAGUCCCGGGGUCCACAGCCCCCACCCUCUGCCUCCUCCCUCCUCUCCCAGUUUCGCACUCCCUCCUGGCAGACUGCGAUGCAUACACCAGCCCCACCAGAGCUUUUUAUUUCAGGAGCGCUCCCGGGCUCCAGCUCCUUCCCCUCCUCCUCAGCCCUUUCUGCAUACCAGCAUCCUGGCUCCUUCUCUGGACGAUCUUUCACCCCCUCACUAUCCCUGCAGGAUGCGCCUCCAUUUAGUCCAACGUCCAAUGGUUUGCUGUCCCCCCCUGACCCCCUGCUGCACAUCAAAACGCCCUCCCAGUCCAGCUUGGGCUUUGAUCGCUUACUAUCUUCCCAGAGUGCCACCUACCGGGGAUCCCAGGAGCCUUCAGGCCCUUCUCAGACACAAGCCCCCUCCACCUCUUCCAGUUGCCAUCUGCCCCCUCCCCAGUUCAACCUGUUAUCCUCCCAGCUCCACAACCAGUCCUCCCAGCUCUAUAAUGCAUCCAUGUUCUCCUCCACACCAGCCCUGCCCCCUGCAGCCCCCCCUCAACCCCCACCUCCUCCGGAGAGGGCAGUUUCUCGGCAGGACAGUGUGAUCAAGCAUUACCAACGUUCGUCUCCGGCCCAGUCAACACCACUCCCCUUACAGCAGUACGUCAGCUGUGGUGGGUCAUCAGGCUACCAGCAGAUAGGCAGUCACCCCCGGCAUGCUGGAGUGUCCUGCAGUCCCCUAGGGGAGCAGAGCCCCUCCUCCGACCCUAAGCCCUCACCACGGAUGGAAUCCCAGACAUAUCGACCUAUCAUCCAAACUCCUUACACGUCCUCGUCCUCCAGCUCCUCGGCCUCCUCCUCAUCAGGCACUAAAGGAGCCAAGAGCUCCAGCUCCAGUAGUGGCUACUCGUCUUCGGGUUCAGCAUCCUCCUCCCGUACCCCGCACACACCACCAUCAGCCUCUUCCACUUCCUCUUCAUCCUCCUCUAGCUCCAAGACGAGUGCCGGCUCCUUGUCUGCUCCCUCUCGUCAGCAGCCCCCACCUCAGUCAGUGCCGGCACCACCUCCUCUACCAGUGGUAUCAUCCAGCCUUGUUCAGCAGUCAGCACCCAAACAAUGCCUCUCCACGUAUGGCUCUCCAUCUGUAGCCAACUCUAGCACAGGCCUACCAGACCAGACCCCUCCAAAGCAACACACCCAGUCCUACUCCCCCAACCAGCCUCCAUCUGCACACAUGGGCCAGUCUUAUGGAGGCUUUAGCUCACCUCAUGCCCAGGACCUGAGCUCUGGAGCAGGGGGCAUAGGAGGGAAAGCCUUCACUGGUAUAGGCACAGGAGGACGCUCAUUCUCUGCUGAGAUAGUCUUUGGGGACUCAAGCUUUGGCUCAGCUUCUCUCAGAAGAGCAGGCAGUCCUCCCUUAGGGUUUGGGAAUGCUGGAGGAUCAACAGGAAGUGGACCUGUAUCAGGACCUGCUGGAUCUGCAGGAUCAGGGAGUGGGGCGGCUAGUGUUGGUAAUGGAGGCAGCAGCUCUUACCACCUGCCUGAGUCUAGUCCCUCGCCCUCCAUCGGUUCUAUCAGUCGCCCUGGGCUGCACUCUCCUGCUGCUGCUCGCCCUGCACAGUCCCCCGGAGGCUCAGGGGCCUCCAAAUAUUUGUCCUCCAUCCUCUCUCCUGCUUUUAUGCCCUCGCCACAAGGUUUCCCGGACACACGGCAAGCGCAGAGCCAGUCCUACCACUCAUCACCGCCCAAGCCAAAAACAGAGACCAACAUGCUGGGAGUUGAGCGAUCCCAAGAUGAGGAGGAUGAUGAUGAAGAUUUUCUCAUCCAUCACUUACUUCAUGCCCAGAGCUCGACUCCCCAUCCUUCCCAGCAUCACUCACUCCCUCAGCAACUACCACAGCCCCUCCCACAGGCCAGGGACGGGGAAAGCAAGGGGGUGGCCUACGACAUGAACAAGAUCUCAGAAGAGCGCUACCACCUCCAGAGUGUCAUUCGUACCAACAACACCACCAGCAGCUCAGGUCCUGACGCAGCGAGUGGCUUAAACAGUCAGUUGGAAAUACCACAGAAGAAGCAGCAGCAGGCCAAGUCAGAGCUGACCAUAUCAAAGUCCACUGCUGGGGGGGUGGGAGUGGUCACUGACUCUCUGUCCCACUCCCAUACUACCCACUCCCACCAACAGCAGCAUGACUCCAUGGGCUCGGUGGUCCAUUAUGGAAGAGGGGACCCAUAUGCACAGCACUCACACUCCCAGCACUCCCAUCACACUUCACAUGUGUCCUCACUCUCUCAGCAGCACCCUCAACACUCCCAGAUUCCCCCGCACACUCAACACACACAGCACUCUCAACAUUCCCAGCAUGGCCACCCCCAUUCCCACUCACACAGUCAUCCUCACAUGGAGCUGAAGAAGACUUCUGAUGCAAAUGAGAACGCGUACUUGUGUAACACACCAGAUGUGCAGCAGACUCGACAGACCCAGGUCCCCCUCUCUCUGAUGGACUCACCGCCAGACCAAACACACAUGCUGCAGUCUGUCCUUUCCCAUACCACCCGCUCCAAGAUGGACCCCCAGCCUUCACAGCAGCAGCAGCAGCAGCAGCAUGCUCUGAGCCAGCAGGCCAUGAUGGGGUCAGCUGGAGGAGCCGGGCCAGCCGGGGUUGAAUCCCACCCACAGAACCAGUCCUCACAGCUGCAGCUCCAGCUCCAGACCCAGGGUAUCGAUACCCACUACAGCAUUGCAGCUCAGUCAAGAGAUCAAACCCGAGCCAGUCAGAACUCAGUGUCUCCGCUGGACAUGCUAGACCAGUCUCUUUCCCGGACUAACGGCAGGGACAGCGGAGGAGCUCUGGACAGAACUGUGGUUGGGGUGUCUGUUACAGGAGGGGAAGGGGGUGGUGGGGACAGACAUAGACAGCAGCACAGACUUACACCGCACCACCUUCCCCAACAAACAGCCUCAGAUCUCCAUGACUUCCUCUCUGAACCAGAUUUGGGCUUGUCCACGCCCUCACACCUUCAUCACCUCAACCAGCCUCAGGCCCACGCCCACCCUCACACCCACCACCAACAGCAAGCACACACACACCAUCAGCUGUCACACGCUCAGUUAGCUCACCCACACCCCCACAGGAUGGCAGCAAAUAUGGGGAAUCCCCAACAACAGCGACAGCCCCAACAGAGAGAGCCUGAGAGCCAGCUUUCACACUCCCAGUUAGACCAGCUCAAACAGCACCAGUUUGACACAGUUAGCCCAGUGGGUAAAGUUGUACAAAAUCAGGCUCAGCAGCAGCGGUUUGCACCUCUGACGUCCAUCUGCUUUCCAGACUCUCUGUUACACGAUGAAGACCGCUCUUUCUUUCCUGAGAUGGAGGACAUGUUUUGUUCAGCUGAGUACAAGUCGAGCUGUGCUGGGGAUUCUGGGGCAGGACAGGCUGCUCAAGAAAGCCUGACCCAGAGCCACGGGCAGGGGCAAGAAGGUAUGGAGGUGUUAAAGACAGGAGGUGCUGGAGAGGGCUAUGAUAUGGUCAGUCAUCAUAGUGACCAAGGCUACGGACAGUACUGCCACAGCCUGCCAGGAACAGGAAACAGCAAUCUGCACUUAGACUUGGACUCUAUGAAGACCCAUGAGCUUCCCUCUACUGUGAACACCGACCAGCUUGGCCUCAUCCACUCCCAGACCCCCACUAUGGGACUGAGUUCAGCGGUUCAAGGGGACAGCACAGUUAACAAGAUGAUGGGAGCUGUGGGAGUGGGUGGAAAUUCAGGUGCUGCUGGUCUGACCUCACCUAUGUUCUGUUCGUCUCGGCCCAAGAAGCUGCUGAAGACCAGCUCAUUUCACCUGCUCAAACAGCGGCGUGAGCCACAACCGCCAGCAAAGAAAAACUAUGCUCAGGAGUAUGAGUUUGAGGACGAUGAGGAUAAAGCUGAUGUUCCAGCUGAUAUUCGCCUCAACAGUCGGCGUAUUCCUGACAUGCUCCCUGAUCUGGUGUCUAGUUGUAGGAAGGCUGGUGGGGCGCCAGGAGUCAGUGGGCUCAGUCCGCUGAUGGGUGAUAUGGACUUCUGCCACCCCAGCAGCUACUCUGCCCUUGGACACCCUCCACAACUCCUUCCCCAUGAAGGCCCCAAGAAAAGAGGCAGAAAACCAACCAAACCAAAACGUGAAGGCCCCCCUCGCCCACGAGGCAGACCACGCAUUCGUCCUCUUCCAGAGCCUCCUUACUGCAGGGGGCUGAUGGGAUCAGUGGCCGGAGAGAGUAGGAGGGGUCGUGGGCGUGGUCGAGGACGAGGCAGGAGGGACGAAGGGCUUGUAGAAAUGCAUCGAGAUAUGAACAAAGCACAAAGCCUCCCAUAUCAUCAUCAUCAGCAGCAGCAGCAGCAGUUCAGCCAACAGCAGCAUCUCCAACAGAAUCCACACCAACACCACAGACAGCAGGCAGACCACCACCAGACACCGCCACAACAGCAACAACCGCAUCACCUGCAUCAGCAGCAGCAGCACGUUUCCUGUCCUCAUCACCAACCGCAUCAUCCACAGCAUCAUCAUCAACAACAGCAGCCGUCCGAGCAGCCGCAGCAGGAUCCAAUCAGACCCAUCAAGAUCAAACUGCCCAUUCCCACCAUGCCUCCAUCUGAAUCCUUGUUGAGGACAGACUCACUGUCCAGCACCGAGCCGGUCCUGUCUGACGGAUCUGUGGGGUCAGCACCGUCUCUGGGCCUGAGUCCUGGACCCAGCACCACCAUGGAUAUUAACAGAAAUGAGCUGAACCAGACGCAAGACAAGAUGAUGAAGCAUCAGCAGAAAGAUGGAGAGAUGAUGUGGAAGAAAGACAUGGAUGAUCCACUGAAUCCUGAAGCCUGGGCUGCUAUCCAGAAACUCUCCAGUUCAGCUGAUGAGAAGGCUUUUGACUUCAAACCUGGCUUCAUGGCCUCUUUUCUGGACUUCCUGAAGACAGGCAAAAAACAGUCAGGCCUCGACUCAGAGAAUGAUGGAAGUGAGCAGGAACUCCUAAACCCCUGCUCCUCCCUGAAGGGGGGGAUCAGGCCCUUAUCCCCGCCUCCCCCCCCUCUACCACAAACUCCUCCGCAGCAGCCUCCGGGAGCAUUUGGUGAGGGAGGGCAGGGCGAGGGGGAGGACCUGGCUCUCAGUGGCUGCCCGAGUCCCUGCAAGCCUCUGGAUGAGGAGCUGAAGAGGAACCUGGAGACGCUGCCCUCCUUCUCCUCUGAUGAGGAGGACUCGGUGAGUAAAAACCAGGACCUGCAGAAGAGCAUCUCAUCUGCCAUCUCUGCCCUCUAUGACACCCCGCACUCUCUGGCCGCUGCAAUGGCUUCUGCCAUGGCCAAGGCCCCACCCACUCUGUCUCCGCCUACCCCACAGGAGCCGCCACUCAGCCCCCCCCUCCCAAGCAUGCCUCCCCUCAUCCCCAGCAUGGAGAAUGGAAAAGAGGAGGUGCUCACAUACACUCAGCAUCACACACAGGAUGAGGAGGAACAAAACCUGGUCUCCCCGCAGUCAAACAGAGAGGAAGCAGAGGAGAGGGAGCCUGAGCAGAGAGGAGAGGAGGAGGGGGAGAAGGAGGUGGAGGAGGAGGAGGAGGAGGAGGGAGGGGAGGAGACUCCAGACAAUGAAGAAAUUAUGAGCGAGCCACAGAAUCUGCAGCCGGGAGCCCUGGAGGAGCAGGAGGAGCAGGAUGAGGAGGAAGAUGAGAGGAUGACUGACAUGCAGAUGUUGGAGGUUCCUAAGGUUGAAGAUUCUCCAUCAGGACCUGAGCUUGCUCCUGCACUUCCAUCCCCAUCACCAUCCAUCUCUCCCUCACCACCCACCUACUCCUCACCCUCACCCCUCCCUCCCCUGUGCCUCUCUGUACCCUCCCCUCAGCCACAGCAGGGGGAGGAGGCUUACCCCCCCUCUGAGCAGCAGCAGCAGCAGCAGCAGCAGCAGGCCUCCUACCAACCGCCUCCAACUGCAGGGACCUCCCCACCCCCCUCCACCUCCCCUCCGGCCAUCCCAUCCUCACCCCUUUCCAACCUGCCCCUGGGACAGUCAAUCCCCCCUCCAUCCACCACUCCUCCCCCAUCAUCCUCUGAUCAGGACCAGGAACCUGAAGCAGGGCAGCCUUCCCCCUCUUCCCCCUCCUCUUCCUCACCCUCUUCAUCAUCCUCUCCCCCACCAUCACCUCCAACACCGGAAGAGGCCCCAGCAUCUCAGCGUCUUACCUCCCUCCACCUGGCGAAGAAGCAGGCUGACGCCGCCAUCGCCGGGGAGAGUGAAGAGGAGGACAGUGAGAGCGGAGGCGAGGGGAUCUUCCGUGAACGGGAUGAGUUUGUGGUUCGAACUGAGGACAUCGGGACUCUUAAGAUGGCCUUGCAGACAGGCCGGGAGCCCCCACCCAUCUGGAGGGUGCAGAAAGCCCUGCUGCAGAAAUUCAGCCCAGAGAUCAAAGAUGGUCAACGGCAGUUCUGUGCGACCAGUAAUUAUCUGGGUUACUUUGGUGAUGCCAAGAUGCGCUACCAGCGUCUGUACGUGAAGUUCUUGGAGAAUGUCAACAAGAAGGAUUAUGUCAGGGUGUGUUCCCGAAAGCCGUGGCACAGAGCCGGUCUGACCCUCAGGAGGCAGCCUCUACCUAAACAACUGCCCACCAUCCACGGCCAGACCCCCCCACGGGUGGAGAGAGACGAUAGAGACAAGGAGAGACUGAAGGAGAGAGAGCUGAAGGAGCAGAGAGAAAGAGAAAAAGAACAAAGAGAAAGGGAGCACAGGGAGAAAGUAGAAAAGGAGCAAAAGGAGAGAGAGAGGAGAGAGAGAGAGGAGAGAGAGCAAAAAGAGAAGGAGAAACAAGAGAGGGAGCAGAGAGAGAAGGACAGGAAAGAGAAGGAGAAGGUGGAGAGGGAAAAGGAGGACAGAGAGGGAAAGGAGAGUGAGCGUAGGGAAAAGGAGAAAGAAAGGGAAUGGGAGAAGGAGAGGGAGAAAGAAAAAAGAGAGAAAGAGCAAAAAGAGAGGGAAAGAAGGCAAUAUGAGAGAGAGCAGAGAGAGAGGGAGCUGAAAGAGAGGGAGAGAAAGAACAGGGAGCAGAGAGAGAAGGAGACACAGGAAAGGGAGCAGAGAGAAAGAGAGAGACAGGAGAGAGAGCGGAGAGAGAGGGAGAGACAGGAGAAAGAACGAAAAGAGAAGGAGAGACAGGAGAGGGAGCAGAAGGAAAAAGAAAAGAAGGAGAGGGAGCAAAGUGAGAGGGAGAGGCAGGAGAGAGAGCAAAAAGAGAGGGAGAAACAAGAGAAAGAGAGAAGAGAUAAAGAGAGAGAAAAGAGAGAGAGGGAGAGGAGAGAGAAGCAGAGAGAGCAGAAAGAUAGAGAACAGAAGGAGAGUGAAAAACAGAGGGAGCAGAAAGAAAAGGAGGGAAGAGAGAGGGAGAAACAAAGGGAUCAGGAAAAAGAGAAAAGGGAGAGAGAGGAGCGAGAGAGGAGAGAUGGCACAGUAGAGUUCACAAGACUGAAGGAGGAGAAGAGAGCAGGAGAGAAGAAGAUGGAGCAUCAGUCCAGAGCCAAGACUUCAAAGGACAAGACUGAGCCUCCUCCCAAGAAGAGGAAGAAGUGGCUGAAGGAGGUGCCGUCCUCCUCCUCCUCCUCAGACUCCUCUCCACCCAGUGAUGAUGAAGGGCCUGUGAGGGGUGGAGUUAACAGCCGAGCCAUGAGGGAGAUGUUCAGGAGCUAUGUGGAGAUGCUGGUCAGCACAGCACUCGACCCUGAUAUGAUCCAGGCUCUGGAGGACACUGAUGAUGAGUUGUACCUCCCUCCCAUGAGGAAGAUUGAUAGCCUGCUCAGUGAACAGAAGAAGAGGCUGCUGAGGAGAGUCAACAUGAGUGCUCAGCACCAGGAGGCUUUACAUAUAUUCCCCAAAAUGACAGCAGACCCACUGGAAUCUGGAGCAGUCAAAGUUCAUCUUGGUGGGGAGGGCUACAACCGCAAAACUCUCAACCGGGUCAAGAGGAGUAUUCCUAAACAACAGGAUCUGAAGCUUUCAAUUGAAACUUGCCGGAUCUACAGUCUGUAUCAUUCACUUCACCACUACAAGUAUCACACUUUCCUGCACUGUAAGAAGGAGGCCUGACAGUGAUGAGGGCAGGCAUCACAUCAUCUGACCCAUCCAAGAAGCCUGUCCUGACAUCUACUGAGUGCCUUGUCUAACAAGAUAUGGAAAGUUUCACAGUCUCAGCUUUUCUGUUCAUCUUUUCAAGGGUUAGGGUUAACUUCAAGGCUCUGUAUGGAGAAAUCCAAGAAGCCUUGUUAUUACUGACACCUGGCUGUUAAAUGAAGUGCAGUCUCAUGCGCACACUGAGCAUCAUGUGAGCAUCCAUGAAGUCAGUCUCUUUACCAGUCCUCACUGUGUGCUUGCUGGGGUGCAGCGCAAACAAUCAAAGGUUAGCCAGGUAGCGGUAACUUAGCUACACUGCAGGGAUCUGGUGUUGGUUUGUUAGCCCAUGAAGAAAUCAUCAAAUCAAAGUCAAAGUCAGCUUUUAUGGCAAAUGGCAAUGGCGAGCUCGUCAAUUUAUCAGCCAGAUCAUCUCUGUUUGGAUGAACUAGCAGACGUUUUCCACUCAGCGCAGUAGUUUACUACCGAUCUGUCCACGUUAGCAGGCAAGCUAAGGUUAGAAAGCAUUAGCCAGCUAAAAUUACAGUAUCACAAUAAAUUCCACAGGCUUUGCAGUAAUGUUAGCUCAUCUGUGUAACAGAAAGAGAGCCAGCUCGGGGUUGGUUUUGAUCCCCAAAGCUGAACGCAGGUCCCUCCAUGAAUCACAUGUCCUGUUGAUGUUGACCCUAGUUUUCCCCCAGCGUCACAACAGUUCACAUUUGGCUUCAUGAGAUAAGGUUUUCUGUUUCUUGUUCUUGCAUGGAAAUUUGGUUGGAGUAUUUCUUGGUUGAUUCGAUGGUACACUGCUGGCCAAAUUUAUUUAUGUCACAUUUUUCACACAUCACUGUCCACACUCUACAUGAGCAUCAAAAAAACAUCUCAUUGCUGUGAUGAUAAUGAAGCAUGAUAAUGUAUUGCGCUGUUUAUAAGUGACUUGUCG